CGUAGUGAGACCCUGUCUCAAACCCCACCCAAAAAGAAUUUGUUUCUUUUCCUAUGGACGGGGCUGCUACCCACACAUUUUUCCUGCCCAGGGCCCAGCACGUCUGAAUGCCUCCCUUGGGUCUGCCAACCCCCUACUCAGAUGGGGAAACUGAGGCCCAAAGGGCAAAUGUGGGCGCCCCGCUUGCAGUGUGGCCAACCUGUAAGAGUUUGCUGAGUGCCAGUGUCGACCCUCCUGCCCACUCUGCUCUCUGCUCUGUCCCCAGAUCCUGGUCUCACCAGGCGGGACCAUGGGGAGGAAGAAAAUCCAGAUCUCGCGCAUCCUGGACCAGAGGAACCGGCAGGUGACCUUCACCAAGCGGAAGUUCGGGCUGAUGAAGAAAGCUUAUGAGCUGAGCGUGCUGUGCGACUGCGAGAUCGCCCUGAUCAUCUUCAACAGCGCCAACCGCCUCUUCCAGUACGCCAGCACCGACAUGGACCGCGUGCUGCUCAAGUACACCGAGUACAGCGAGCCGCACGAGAGCCGCACCAACGCCGACAUCCUGGAGACAUUGAAGCGGAGGGGCGUGGGCCUCGAUGGGCCUGAGCUGGAGCCAGAGGAAGGGCCCGAGGGACCGGGAGAGAAGUUGCGGAGGUUGGCAGGGGAUGGAGGUGACCCAGCCCUGCCCCGACCCCGGCUCUAUCCAGCUGCCCCCACGAUACCCAGCCCCGACAUGGUGUACGGGGCCCUGCCACCUCCAAGCUGUGACCCCAGCGGGCUUGGGGAGGCCCUGCCCGCCCACAGCCGGCCGUCUCCCUUCCGACCAGCCGCCCCCAAAGCCGGGCCCCCCGGCCUGGGACACCCCCUCUUCUCCCAGAGCCACCUGUCCAGCAAGACACCGCCCCCCCUGUACCUGGCCGCGGAUGGGCGGCGGCCGGAUCUGCCUGGGGGCCUGGCGGGGGCCAUCCCAGCCCAGCCCGGUGGGGUACGCAGCCUGGGAGAGGGGGGAGCCUCCCCGCCUCCUGUCAGCGUCAAGUCGGAGCGCCUGUCACCCGCCCCGGGGGGCCAGGGCGAUGCCCCCAAGUCCUUCCCGUUCCCGCUGCUCCUGCGGCCGGGGCCACUGCGCCGCCUGCCCCCUGCCGACGGGUGGCCGCGGUAGGGUGCGGGGGCCGGGGGACCCCGUGUUGAGGACACCCACGGUGAGGCUGGGGGGAUGCCUGUCUGCGUGGGGCUCCUCUCUCCUCCGUCUGCAAUCCACCAAUA